AUGCUGGGGCUCAGCUGGCCCGGUUGGCUGGCAAACCGAGGCCCUGCUGGGCCUGCGGGGGCUGGCUCCUUGCUGCUUGCGGGCCGGCCCCUCCUGAGCCGCCUGUGCCCACCGCCAUGCUGUCCUCCUCUGCCUCCCCCAGGUGAUCUCUCUGGCCACCUCCUCGCCUACCUGAGCCUCAGCCCUGUGUUUGUCAUCAUCGGUUUCGUGACCCUCAUCAUAUUUAAGCGGGAGCUGCACACGAUCUCGUUCCUGGGGGGCCUGGCCCUGAAUGAGGGGGUCAACUGGCUGAUCAAACACGUCAUCCAGGAACCACGGCCCUGUGGAGGCCCCCACGCAGCCGUGGGCACCCAGUACGGGAUGCCCUCCAGCCACUCCCAGUUCAUGUGGUUCUUCUCCAUCUACUCCUUCCUGUUCCUGUAUUUACGAAUGCACCAAACAAACAACGCCAGGUUCCUGGACCUGCUGUGGAGGCACGUGCUGUCCCUGGGGCUCCUCACCGCGGCCUUCCUCGUCUCCUACAGCAGGGUCUACCUGCUGUACCACACCUGGAGCCAGGUGCUCUACGGGGGCAUCGCUGGAGGCCUCAUGGCCAUCGCCUGGUUCGUCUUCACCCAGGAGGUCCUCACACCGCUGUUCCCCAGGAUAGCAGCCUGGCCUAUCUCCGAGUUCUUCCUGAUCCGAGACACGAGCCUCAUUCCCAAUGUACUCUGGUUUGAGUACACAGUAACCCGGGCAGAAGCCAGGAACAGACAGCGCAAGCUGGGGACGAAACUGCAGUGACCGGUGGGUGUGGCUGGGUCCAGCCUCCAGAUCUGGCCUCACAAUGCCUUGCAGGAUGGACGGAACGACGGACAGAAGGACGAGGCAGAGACCGCGACAGACCCAAGUCACCGAGUGGAGCCUUUUUUUUCCUUAUGUUAAUUUUAACGAACAAGGUAGACCAAAGGGCUGAGCCAGCCCCUCUACCAGGACCCUGGAGGACUUGCUGCCUGGGGCCAUGGCCAGAGACCCUCCAGUGCUGCCACCAGCCCCCGGCCCGGCAGGAAGUGCCCUUGGUGCGGGCACCUGGGUGUGGGGCAGAGGAGGAGGGCUGGCGCCUCUGGUCUCGGGGCCAGGAAUUCCAGGUGACGUGGAAAGUGCACACUAUUUAUUUUUUGUUUUGUCACGGGCAGGUGGGACUUGGGAGGGGGUGCCGAAGAGCCUGCCCCCGUUGGCUUCCCAGGGGCCGACCGCUGCCUUUCCUGGGCCUGAGGCUGGCUGGACCGGGAGGAGGGGCGCCCUGGGCCCUGCCUGCCACCCUUGCCAUUCCAGAACCUCGGUCAGUGUUUCCCGUCGGGGCAGGGUCCGGAGUGAGUGCGCGUCUGGCGCUGCUGCCGUUGCUGUCGUGUUCGGCCCCGGACACACCCUGCACCACAAGGGCUUUCUCUGGUUCCCUGUCCCCAAGACAGUAGUCCCUUUCUCACAAAAGAGCCUGCACAUGUGGGUGACAAACCCAAGCUGUUUACAGCUCUUUUCUCGUCCUGCCAUCCGGUAGUGGCCAGGCCUCAGCCCCAUCCGCACAGGACCUGGGGGCCGGGAGGAGAGGGGCGAGGCCUGGGGGCCGGAAGUCCCUGCCUGCCCUCUGAGUGCUCCCAGUAUGUCCUCGUCCUCCCUGCCCCGCCUGCGACCGACUGGGAGCCCGUGUCAGGGGUGGGCCCACAGGUCCCUGCCAGCUCGGUUCGGAGGAGGGCUCUCUUCAAGGGACCCCAUCCCUGCAUCGCUCUGAGACAGUCAGGUGAGGAGAUGCUUCGACUUGCAGAGGUUUCCAGACCUGAACUGGGCCAUGCGGGACCUGUGUUCCAACCCCCCCCUUUUUCUUUGUGGAGAUUCCCAAUCUGCUGCUAAAGCACAACGUUUUGGUGCUUUCUCGUUUGUUCAAGACCGUGUCCACAGUCAUUCCCGAUGCCAGGACCAGGGGGCUUACUUGUAGGGAAGGUAGGGCGAUUCCCACGUUUCCCUCCCCUUCCCCGAUUCUUUUUAUUUUGUACUUUUUGCCUGAGACAAGCCGAGUGUGAGGUGGUUUGAUUCAAGAAAAAUCAAUGAAAUUGUUUACUAUUGUUUUAAAAUAAAAUCUUAAACUCUG